GUUAUCACCUCUAAGUAGAUAUGCGACAAGAACAACCCUUCCCCUUCACCUUCACGUUUCGCAGCUCCUACUCGCCAGAAUCCAGCUUCAGCCCUCCUGUUCCGUCUGUGGAAGUGGUCGACAACGAUACAGCCUCGUCCACAAGAGGCGUGCGGACGCCGUCAGAGUCCGACGCAGACGAUGGUGACCCUGGCUCAAACCUCGAGAGAAUCUUGCAGGCUUUGGAAUUGGAAAACAGUCCCCGUCUUUUGCCUGGAACCCCUGCUACACCGCGAUCUAAUAACCCAGCUGAGAGUAUGGCGUUGUCACCAGCUGCGUCUCCAUUUCCAUCAACCUAUAGAGCGAUGUUCGAUGCCACACCUGAGCCUGCUGCGCGGCAUUCUUCUCGCGCAUUUGGGGAUGGCUCGUCACAAGACAAUGAUGCCAUGAGUGAUGUUGAUAGCGAUGGAUCGGACAGUGACGAGUCGUCGCUGUAUGAUGUGCGGCACGAACGAUUGCCCCGGGCAAAAAUAUACAAUGCCGACCUGCAAGCAGCUCUGGGGGAGGUAAAGCAACAUUUGACCGGUUUUCGCCAAGAAAUGAGGCAAUGCCCUCUCGCCAAUGAUCCCAGCUCUAAUCUGGCCAGUCUGUACGAGAAGGUUCGCGCGCUGGAUGAGCUUGAAUGUCCGGAAACCCGAACGGUAGGGUUUAUUGGGGACUCGGGCGUUGGGAAGAGCAGACUGAUCAAUUCCUUACUUGAUAUUGACCUGGCCCGAUCGAGCGGUGAUGGUGCGGCCUGUACCUCUGUUGUCACUGAGUUUCGAAAUGUCGAUGCGCUGCAUCCAAAUCGGUAUACCAUCGAGGUUGAUUACAUGAACACCGAUGAGGUCAAGGAGCUGCUCGAAGAACUUCUCCAGUCGUUUAGAAUGUAUCACACUGACUCAUUCCGUGAAGUGACAACCCCAGAGGAGCAGCAGCGUGUUCGAGACCUAUCAACCAGAGCAUGGAGCUCGUUGAGCUCCAUGUUUCGAGACCAGCCGGAGCUGACGGUGGAGUUUCUGGCAAACGAAAAUAAUGGUGCUCUGCCGAACAUCCUGGACAGGCUACACCAAUGGUCAGCUAGUUCAUUCAGGCGUCGGCCCGGAGGGACAGCCCUGUCGUACAGCAUAAGCCCUAUGAGUCUGGAGGAGUGCCGAACCCAUCUUGAUAUGCUAACAAUGGACCCCCAUGAGGAAGGUGAAGUGGCAAUCUGGCCAUUUAUCAAACUGAUCAAGGUAUAUCUUCGAUCGCCCAUUCUGAGGACGGGAUUGGUACUGGCCGAUCUACCUGGAUUCCGAGAUUUGAAUUUUGCCAGAGUCCGGGCAACGGAAAGAUACCUGAAGCACUCCUGCGACGAGGUGUUUCUUGUGACAACCAUCUCCAGAUGCAUCACAGACCAGAGCAUCCAAGAGACCAAAAGGCGAUGUCAUAAAGAUCAACCUUUUCGGAUAGUCUGUACACGUUCUGAAGAGGUAGAACCCAACGAAAUGAUACGCACACAUAGAGAUCUUGCGGCCCAGAUUGAAACCCUGCAGAACAGGGUCAAAAGUCUUAAUAAAAGGCUUGGGAGACUGCGAAGAGGGACAGUCGGUGGGAAUGAACUCCUGCAACUAUCGGAAAAUGUGGCAAAUGCAGAGCUCGAACUUGACCGAUUCUUGAUCGAAUCCCGAAACCGGAAGGUGACAGACAAACUAACACGAGAUCAUAAGGGUGUCCGAGUGUUUUGCGUCAGCAAUAAACUGUAUUCGAAACACCGGGAGAGCGGCUUGAGAGACGCAGAUACUUACAUCGAGCUCAGUGGCAUCCGCCAGCUCCGUAGAUAUUGCCAGCUUGUUCCCGCCGAAGCUCAGUUCCGGUUCACGGCGACUUUCCUCCAGCAUCGCGUCCCAGCUCUUGUGGGAUCGAUAAGACAAUGGGCUCUUGCUGGCUCAGACCAGGUUGAUGCGGAGAGAGCGAGGGCUCUUCAGCAAUCGCUUCAAGAGAUCGAGAGCAUGUUUCGAGAACGGUUUCUUCUACCCGGCUCGGAGUUUCGAACUUUCCGGCAACGAUUUGAAGAGCAGUUCAACGAUAACAUUUCCCAUACAACCCAGGAACGGCGUAUUAGAUGGAAGAACAGUGCAGUAGAAGCAAGCCAAGACUGGGCGGGGUUGCACCAUACCACCUAUGCUGCCUUCUGUCGACGUUACGGUACCCAUUCAACACAGGCUGCUGGGUAUCGCUGUUGGAAUGAUGAAUUAUUAGAAGCCAUGAGGAAUGACAUUGAGCAAGAGUGGGAGUCCACAAAGGCCUGGGUUCGCGUGCAGGCCCAUUCCCUGCGCGGUAUUGUGAGAAGAACAUUCCGAGAGGCUGUUGAGCGAUUGAACGACCAGCUUGCACUUGCCCCGAUAGCACUUGGAAACCUGAUCGACAAUAUGGGCGCCUGGGAGGCUACAAUCAUGGUUAAUAUUCAGCGGUCUUUGGAAAGCCUGCUGGAAGGACUGAGCAAAAUGAUCCGGGAUGCCCUCUACGGCCACGAUAGUUCGUAUAUAGCGCGCCAAAUGCGGCCUGUAUACGGGCGAUGCAACGGUGAAUCCGGUAGUGGAUCUGAUGUCAGACGAAAGAGACAUAUGCAUGUUCACGUCACCACCUCCGAUAUUUUCACACAGGUGAUUACAGACCUCGAAGCCGACCGCCUGCCUUUCGUCCAUGAAAUGCACGAAACCCGUAAACAAAUGAUGAAUGAGGAAGUGGGAAAUAUCACCAGUGAUUUUCGUGCCUUUCACGCGGACGAGGGCAAUGUUCCUGAAGGCGCACAGUUUCCGGAAAUCAGGGACGCGUUGUUUAAUAAGGCUGAGAGAGCGCAGUCUACUCUUGAUCGGGUCCAUCUGAUCAUCAACGGUUUGGAGGAUGGGGAACGAUAGCAAGGUUGCUCUAUUGUAUUUCCAUAUUUAUCUGGUUGUUUGAGGAUUUACGCGCUCUGGUGAUAUCAUAUAUCACAAGUUGUAUUCACCCAAUAACUCUGGCAAGAUUCAAGAAUAUGAGAAUGGGAGUCUUUCUAGUUUGGCAUGAAUUUCAGCCUGUACCUGACCAGGAAGCUACCUGGGUUCAGUGCCCUGAUAUAGAUGAAGUGUCUGUACCGAGAAACCUUUUUAUUUUUUGUUAUUUAUGGAUUAUUUCUAUCAGUUGAUUGCUCUGUAAAUAGGUAUUCUAUCAAGUUUAAAUAUUCUGGAAAGGUGAAGUCAUCUUGCGG